AGUAGGGGCGGCCAAGGGCGCGCGGCACCCGCGCCCCGCCGGCCGCGCCGCCGCCGCCCCGAGCGCUCCCUCACGGCCCGGCCCCCCCUCCCAGUGCCGCCGCGGCGCCUCUUCCCGGCGGCGCACCAUGCCGGCCGACCUGAUGGAGAAGAGUAGCGCCUCGCCGGUGGCCGCCACCCCCGCCAGCGUCAAUGCGACGCCCGACAAGCCGAAGACGGCGGCGGAGCACCGCAAGGUAAGGGUGGCCGGGCCAGGAUGGGAUGGAACGGGCAGCGCCGUGCGGAGCCGCGGCAGGCGCCGACUGUCUCCUCUCUUGCAGUCCUCUAAGCCUAUCAUGGAGAAGCGGCGGCGAGCGCGCAUCAAUGAGAGCCUGGGGCAGCUGAAGACGCUCAUCCUGGACGCACUGAAGAAGGAUAGCUCCCGGCAUUCCAAGCUGGAGAAGGCCGACAUUCUGGAGAUGACCGUCAAGCACCUGCGGAGCCUCCAGCGAGCCCAGAUGACUGCUGCCCUGAGCACAGACCCCACAGUACUGGGCAAGUACCGAGCCGGCUUCAGCGAGUGCAUGAACGAGGUGACGCGGUUCCUCUCCACCUGCGAGGGCGUCAACACUGAGGUGCGCACCCGGCUCCUGGGCCACCUGGCCAGCUGCAUGACUCAGAUCAACACCAUGAACUACCCUGCGCCCCCCCCACCGCCCCCGUUGCCACCAGCCGCAGCCUUCGGGCCACCCCUGGUUCCUCCGGGCAGCGGCGUGGGGCCGCUCCCGGGCAUGCCCUGCAAGCCAGGUGCCGAUGCAGCCAAAGUGUACGGUGGCUUCCAGCUGCUGCCGGCCUCUGAUGGGCAGUUUGCCUUCCUCAUUCCCAGCACUGCCUUUGCUCCUGGUGGAGCUGUGCUGCCUCUGUAUGGUGGCCCACCCACAGCUGCCACUGCUGCCUCGCCGCCAGGCCCGCCACCCGGCACAGCCGACUCAGUCUGGAGACCCUGGUGAGGGUGGCGGGCACCGGACUGGACUUGGCACUGCACCCCGUGCUGCUGGCACGGCUGUACAUAGAUUAUAUGUUCAUAUUGGAUUGUGCCUUUGUACCAUAGCACUCCCUUGACAGUGUUUCGUGUUUUACACGAGAUCUUUUUCCUUCCUUUCCUCCCUUUCCUUAUGUGACACCAAAGAUUGGGGGUUUGUUUUUCGGUUGGGUUUUUUCUUUUUUUAGAAUGCUCUUAAAAUAAAAGUUUCCCUUCCAUUUUGGAAGGCCUUUGGAGAAAA